GACACGCUUGUGGGUCUGCAGCUGGGACACUCUACAGCCCACAUGGAGCUCUACUGCACCCUCCUGCUGUGGACCUGCAGUGUGCUGCCAGGGUUCCUUGAGUGCUUCAACAUCGACACCCAGAACCACCGGAUCAUCUCCGGCUCAGCAGAGGCCCAGUUUGGAUAUACAGUGCAGCAGCAUGAGGCUAGAGGACAGAAGUGGCUGCUGGUGGGAGCCCCCUUUGAGAACAGUGGUCAACACCAGACUGGAGAUAUCUACAAAUGCCCCAUAGAUGACAGGUCCAACAACUGCACGAGGCUAAACUUAGGAAGGGUAUCCCUGACCAACGUCUCAGAGCGCAAGGAAAAAAUGAGACUCGGCAUGAGCCUGAUCUCGAACCCUAAGGACAACACAUUUGUGGCCUGUGGUCCCUUGUGGUCGUACGAAUGUGGAAGCUCCUACUACAGCACUGGCAUGUGCUCCAGAGUCAAUGCCAGCUUCAAAUUCUCGCGCACCAUUGCCCCGGCCUUUCAGAGAUGUGAGACCUACAUGGACAUUGUUAUUGUAUUGGAUGGAUCCAACUCCAUCUACCCCUGGUAUGAAGUACAGAACUUCCUCAUCAACAUCCUGCAAAAGUUCUACAUCGGCCCGGGUCAAAUUCAGGUUGGGGUGGUGCAAUAUGGAGAGAGCGUUGUUCAUGAGUUCCAUCUGAAUGAUUACCGCACGGUGGAGGAGGUGGUGAGUGCAGCCCGUAACAUCCAGCAGCGGGGCGGUGAGGAGACACGGACUGCCCUCGGAAUCAGCGUAGCACGAUCACAGGCAUUCAAGCGGGGCGGUCGCCGUGGUGCCAAGAAGGUGAUGAUUGUGAUCACAGACGGAGAGUCACACGAUAGUCCUGACCUGCAGAACGUCAUUGAGGCCAGUGAGAAGGAUGAGAUCACGCGCUAUGCCAUCGCUGUCUUGGGUUACUACAAUCGACGUGGGAUCAACCCUGAGGCCUUCCUAAAGGAGAUUAAGUACAUCGCUAGUGACCCCGAUGACAAGCACUUCUUCAAUGUGAGAGAUGAGUCAGCGCUGAAGGACAUUGUUGAUGCUCUGGGCGAGAGGAUCUUCAGUCUCGAAGGUACCAACAAGAAUGAAACGUCCUUUGGCCUCCAGAUGUCUCAGGCUGGUUUCUCGUCCCACAUUGUGGAGGAUGGAAUCCUGGUGGGGGCGGUGGGAGCCUACGACUGGAACGGGGCGGUGAUGAAGGAGACCCGCCAGGGGAAAGUGAUCCCACCAAAAUCCUCCUACCUGGAGGAGUUCCCGGAGGAGCUGAAGAAUCACGGGGCAUACCUAGGCUACACAGUGACUUCUGUGGUGGUCUCCAGGACCGGUCGACUUUACGUGUCUGGAGCGCCACGCUUCAACCACACGGGCAAAGUCAUCAUCUUCACCCUAAGGAACAACGGCAACCUCACUAUUCUGCAGUCACUCAAAGGACAGCAGAUUGGCUCCUACUACGGCAGCGAAAUUGCUCCAUCGGACAUCGAUGGGGAUGGGAUCACCGACAGCCUCCUAGUGGCAGCGCCAAUGUUCUUCAGCAGUGGCUGGGAGAGGGGCAGGGUCGAUAUCUACAGGGUGACAGACCAGAGCCACUUUGUGUUGGAGGGGACCCUGGAGCCCUCAGACAGAGGGCAGAAUUCCCGGUUUGGAUCAGCUCUGGCCCCAAUCCCAGACCUCAAUGGCGAUAACUACAGUGAACUUGUGGUGGGGGCACCACUAGAGGAUGACCAUCAGGGAGCAAUUUACGUUUUUUAUGGCCAUAGGAACAGCAUACAGCAAAAGUACAAGCAGAGGAUUGCUGCUGCAAGCCUCUCGCCUGGGUUGCAGUACUUUGGCCGCAGUGUUCAUGGACGGAUGGACUUAAAUGAGGACGGUCUCAUUGACUUGGCAGUGGGCUCCCUGGGGGCUGCAGUGCUCCUCUGGUCUCGCAGCGUCAUCCGCAUUCACACACACGUGUGGUUCGAACCCAGGAAGAUCAAUGUGUUCAACAAGGAUUGUCGCAGAGGAGGCAAGGACGUCACCUGCAUGUCUGCCAUCGUUUGUCUGAACGCCACUGCCAGGACACCCGUCUCGCCAGCGCAGGAAGUGGAUGUGAGCUACAGCACCUUCAUUGACGAGCGGCGGUAUACCGCUAGGGCCGUGCUAGAUGACAGCGACAGGAAUCCCAGGAACAUCACCCUGCUGUUAGGGGUGGAGUCAUGUGAGCAUGUCUACUUCCAUGUCAUGGAGACCACAGAUUACGUCCGGCCCAUAGUCUUCACAGUGGAGGUUGGGCUUCAGCAGCCUGUCGAGGGUCCUACUCUGGAUGACGACUGGCCCACUGUACUGAGAACCGAGCUGCCCUUCUGGAACGGAUGUGAUGAUGACGACCGCUGCCUUCCUGACCUUGUUCUAAAUAGCCACUCUGAUCUGCUGGACCGUAGGAACUUCUGUGGGCAGCCACAGCCCUCCCUGGGGGACUUCUGUCGAUCGCCUGGGGCAGUGGAGGAGAUGGAGCGGGUGGUGGAGAAGUCACGGAGGAGAGUGAUUGUGGAGGGACAUUUGGAGAACCGUGGCGAAAACGCCUUCGGUGCUCACCUCAACAUCUCGCACACCCCCAACCUGCGCUUCUCCAGCCUCAUGAUCAAGGACCAGUCGGAUGUGAGCAUCGAGUGCCGCAGUGAGGACGCACUGAGACUGGACAGGUCUUGCCACGUCAGCGCACCCUUCAUGAGAUCACAAGCGCAGGUCUUUUUCCGCCUGGAGUUCGAGUUCAGCCGCUCGGUGUUCCUUGAUCACGUGGAGAUCAUCUUGGAGGCUGCCAGUGAUGGAGAAGAAGUGAAUAUGGAUGAUAACUUCAGUGAGAUUUACCAUCAGCUGAAAUACGAAGCUGAUCUGCUCUUCACAAGGGAUUCCAGUCCUUCAAGGUGUGAGGUCAGCACAGUCCACUCCCUUGUCCAGCCAGGCAGCCUGGGUCCAGCUUUUAACUUCACCUUUCAGAUCCAGAAUCUGGGCUUUUUCCCUGUGAUGGACUUGCAGCUGAACAUUGAAAUUCCAUGGGUCACAAGACAUGGAAAUCAGCUUCUGCAGAUAAAAGAGUUUUUGGUGGAUCAGACAGACGGCACCCGCUGCACGCUUCCAUCUCUGGAGGUCCAGCACCGGGUCACAUCUGAGGAUCUUUCUCAUCUCCCACAGCUGAACCGCUCCAAUGCUAUGACCGCACUGUUUCAGUGCAGCGUGAGCCUGUCGGCUUACGAGGAGGUAGGGCUCCUGAUUUGGGGCUCCCUGCGUGCUGAUACCCUGCAGGUGAUCAAGUUUAAGACCCUGGACCUUGUGACAAGUGCCUGGCUGGAGCCGAGUCCCUCCAGCGCCAUGUUCCUGUCGGAGGAGAGGCCAGUGCGACACAUAAUCCUAGAGAUUAGAAAGGAGGAAGAUUAUAGAAUUCCCAUCUGGAUUAUAAUCGGGAGUAGCCUUGGUGGGCUGCUGCUGCUGGCACUGCUGAUCCUGGCACUUUGGAAGCUUGGGUUCUUCCAGAGGCAGAGGCGGCAGCAGCAGCUGGAGCAAGAGUCCAGGCAGGAGGCGAACGGGAAAGUGGCUGAGGAGCGGUAAUGGGGACUGCAGAUCAUGAACCUGCUGCCUCAACACUCAGGGGAUAUCCUGGACAGAGACCAUACAUGACCCCAAGACCAUGAGAGAGUCCUGCUCUCUGUGCUGGAGAAUUGCUCCUCCACCACGACACUGCCAAUCAAGGCCAGAACUGUGAUACGGAGCCUGUCCCAUGACACUGGGGCCAGUCGCCACCAGCCUUCCAUGAGACCUGACAGUGGGGUGGUCCCAAUUUUGCAUCUUCACCCAAAGAAGAGGUUUUAGAGUCUUUCAAAUCAAACCAGGUCAAUCAGUUGUGAAGCCUUUCUUUACGUUCUCAUCCAUUGUGCGUCAUUUUGAUGACUGUCUUUGUUAAGAGAUGAAUGUCUGAAGGAGAAUAACAAGCUCCUUAGUCAGAAAAGAUGAAACAACGCAGCUAAUCGGGUCCCACUUCAACGCCUGUGCUGAUGGGGUGGAGAAGACCGGCAGCGCACCAAAUAGUUCAGAGCUGUCAACAAGCUCCAUGUUUUCUCUAUUCUUCCAUCCAUCCUUUCACCCAAAACCCUCUAGGUCUACCUGACUGUCCAACGUCUUCCUUCUGGAGAACUGGCAUCCAGUUCCGCAUAUCACGGUAACCUGUACUUCUUCAGCUCCUAUUCCACCUAAAUUGCUUCACUGAUGAUAAAUCUUGAUAAAUCUUGCCAAAGAACUUCUACAGCUUGUUUAAAGACUUUCUAAAAUGAUAAUACUUUUUAUAUAAUGUGUACAAUUUUAUUUUGAUGCACUUUCCUGUUAUAUUAAACCUAACUUGAAUUCUGUAAAUAUCCAGACACCCUUCCGGCCUCGUAGGGUCAAUGACGAUUGUAUUGUUCUCUGUGAAGGAUUGCGGCAUUACUUUGUAACUAUAGUAACCUGGUAAAACAAACAGAAACUUGUAGAGACAUUGUGUGUCCUCUAAGCAAGCUUUGCACCUGAACAAGUAGCCUUUUGUAAGGGUAUGCACUCUGCAGCAAGUAGCAGAAGACUAGGCGCAGCUUUUCUGUGGACUGCGCAGACUGCCACGUAGAGCAGGAUCCACCUGGAGCACAGCCACCGGCAGCUGCUAGCACUUAAAUGUCAAAUGUCUCUUUUAAAAGGAAGAAAAAAAAAAUCUGUACAGUCAAGAUAUCUACAAGUGGAACUGAUGAAACCACAUUUUCUCUGUCUUUUGUUGACAAGGGGUGUAAAUAAACAUAUUAUGAUUGAGAAUAAAAUUUAGUAGUUUACCUUGGGA